UGAUACUUUUCAUUGGUUGACUUGAUGAUCCUGCAUUCAGGGUAUUGAAGCUUAAUUAGUGUGGUGUGAACUUUCUACCCAGGCACAAUGGCCAUGGGAGCAAUUAAUGUCGUGAGGGGGUCAAGAUCGACUAGUGAGGAGCUACUGCAAAUAUACAACCACUCUGACAGGUUGGAAUGUAUUUCCAUGCUAUAUCUGCUUCGAUGCUAAAAUUAGCUCCUGAGCUUUGUAUGAGUUGUAACUUGUAAGUUCCUGUUCACAAUUUUCCUCUACAGAGGCAGAUACUUUUACUCUGUGUCUCAUAUCUUCUGUUCUGGCUUGAAGUCACAGGCUUGGAAUGCUAAGUUUUGACAUGAUAGGGUUAGGCUUAUGAGAAUCGGUGCGAAGUUUCUGGACAGGAAGAAACUAUUUCACAUGCUCUAGGACUCUUAAAUUCGAAAAACAAAUGACAGAAAAGAAGAUCUGAGCUUGAGAAAAGCCAUCUUAUGAUGAUAUCAAACUUUUGAGCUUUAGUUGCUCAACUAUUUGCUUGGAUGAUUGAUGGUAUGGGAAUUAUGAUGAACCGCUUGUUGGCAUGAAAGUUGCUCUGGGCCAACAUUUUGUCCCCACUCUUUAUUUGAUCUUGUCUGCUCUCAACUCCAAUUAAUAACUGAUCAUUCCGACAGGGCAAAACCAUUUGUAUGAUUAAUUUGGUUGGGUAGCAUUAAGCUAAUGCAACCACAGUCACGAAUUCUUAUUGACUACUAUCAUUUCCAUUUCUAGAUUCAGAUUUCAUAGGCUCCUAAGAAAAGCAUCUCGCAACCUUUAUGCUGCAGACUAACUUGGUACCGCUACCAAUAAAUAUCAUAUAACCAUUGACCUGGUAAAUGAGUUUAAGAUUCAUUUAGUGAAGUUUGAAUGCAAGAUUAUCCUAGUUACAAUCAAGCUAUAGAUUGAAGUUGAUAAUACCCUCUUGAAUAACAAGGAAUAAGAUACUUUAGCCUAUUCAGUUGAAAUCCUAUGACAAGUAAACUUUGGGUAUUCAUCCGCUCUACUCUUUAGUCCACUGAAGAUACCACAACACUUAGUAGAUAUGUAAUUUUUUUAUUUGUUAACAUGGUAAAAUUUUACUCUCACUUGUACUUGUGUUAGCCAGAUUUUUACCCAAACUGGUUCUCAUUGGGGCUGCAACCCAUAUCUUAGAGUAUUACCCAUGUGGUGUUUUCUUUUAUCAUUUCCUUCUAUGAUAUGAUGAUAACCCUGAAUUGCUGCUCUUACAUUUACUGCAGUAUUGCACUUGCAGUGGAUAACCCUGAAUUGUUCAAUCGGAUUGCUGGAACAUUCCAUUCCAAGGCAACUCUCAGAUUUGUCAUUCUGCUGUGGGGCGAGAAAUCAAGCCUGAAUUUUUCAGGAAUAGAGGAGUUACCUGUUUUUAGUUACCAAGAAAUAAUUGAUUUGGGACAAGAAAGCUACAGAGCAUUUUUUGGUGCCCCUGAUUCAAGUAAGUAUCACUAGUAUCAAUGUGUUCCUGAUGUGUAUGUAGAGUAACAGCAGAGUGAGGGGACAAGAUGGUAAAAUAUGAUGGAUUUAACUUCUAGUGAGUGAAGUACGGACCAUUCUGGUGAAACUGUAACGUUUUCAUAUAUUAUCUUAUGUAUAAAAUUAAGAUGUCUUAGGACUAAUUGUAAGCUGCUUAUGAAUCCUUCAAUUGAAUAUGUGAAUCCUUUUCCUCCUAACGACAGAUCAGUAAUGGUUACUCUGGGUGUUCUACAUUUCUGCUUAAAACAAGUGCGGCACUAAAUUCUCCAACAACUGGGUUGCAGGGUCUAUGCAUCUAUUUGAAACCAUUAGCUCUGAUGAUAUAGCUACGCUUAUGUAUACGAGUGGAACUACUGGAAAUCCAAAAGGUGUUAUGCUUACACAUAAAAAUCUAUUACACCAGGUUUGUUUAUUGCUGCAAUCCUGUUUUUUCAUCAUUGUUUAUUACAUUGUUUAAUUGGGAUCCAGUGCAUAAUCAGCCAAAUAUACUACAUACAUGUCUUACAUUUGAUGCAUUUUAUUCAAAACAAAUGAAAGGUAUAUUGCUAGGGGAAAAGUUGGAUGCAUAUAUAGAAUAGUUGUAUUUUCUAUAUUAUGGUCAGUUGGAGUUUUCCAUCUUGGUCAACAUAAAAUUUUACGUCUAUACUCAUCUGAUAUGAUGCUUACUCUUACAUUUUAUUCAUAUUUUAUUAAUGUUACACUUGUUACUGUUGAAAUAUCCCAAUUUGUCUGACUAGUGGGGGAUGUUUCUCUGUUUGGAUCCAUGAUCUUGAGAUAUAGUGGAAUGAUCUUUUGAUGACAGUGAGGCUUAGCCUUCAAUGCUCAGAAUCAUAAUCUUAAAGACACCAUAAUUGCUAGUUUAGGUGUAGCACUUGCAUUGAUAUGAACUCAUGACAUUGGUAACCAACUUUCUAUUGACCUUCUCUAAUUAUGAAUUGUACAAUUGUUGGGACUAGUCUUUGGACAUGGUAUAAUGCAUCCCUCCAAAUUUUAAGAUUGGAUCUAUUACUGUCCCAUGUUUGUAAGAAAUCCUAAGCGUAUGCAGAAGUCAAAAAUUGUAUGAGUGAGGUUAAACUUCUGGACCUUGGUGGCUCAGGCUUAUUGUAAAAGGCAUCCAGAGCUGGAGAAUGUGAACAGUAUGCAAAUAUAUUAGUUCCAAAAGGUUUCACUGCUUUCUCUAAAUUCCACUAACUUCUUUGAUUUCCUUGAAUUAAGUUUUCCUACAAACUCACUCAGGUGUCCCUUUGUGUGUUUAGGAAUGCACUUGGUGCUUAAUCAAUUAGUUUUUUGCCUUGUCAAAUGUGGUGUUCUUGUUGCUUACUUCUCUCGAGUUGUGGGCUUGUGGCCCCUACAAUAUAAAUCUUUUAGUCCUGCCCGAUUGCAGCAUGAAAGGCACAAAAUGUUAAACCAUUUUUGAGGCCCUGAACAGUUGUCAGUAUCUUAUGUUUUCCAGAUAAAGAAUUUGUGGGACAUUGUACCUGCUAUACCUGGGGAUAGAUUUGUAAGCAUGCUUCCAUCGUGGCAUGCAUACGAACGAGCUUGUGAGUACUUCAUUUUUACAUGUGGUGUUGAGCAAGUAUACACAACUGUGAGAAACUUAAAGGUAAUUAGCCAUUCACAAGAUCUUUUUUGGAGGGAUACUGUAAUCUGAUGGAGAUCCGUGCUUCCUUUUACUUAAAUAUAAAUAACUAAUAUGCUUUCAUUGCAUGAUCUCAUUGGUAGGAUGAUCUGCGGCAUUACCAACCCCAUUACAUAAUCUCUGUUCCUUUAGUAUUUGAGACGCUUUACAGGUGUGUUUCAUGUCCAUAGAAAUAUAUAAAGAUGAAGUUUAUAUCUAUUUGAUCAGUUUGCAUAUUACUUAUUAUUAUUCUUGCAGUUCUUUGUUUCAUUUUUAUUAUGUCUGACAAUUGACCUGAUAUAGUGCCUAGAAUUUAAUUAUAUUCUGCCCUUUUUCAUAAAGUGGACUCCCACACGUGCGUGGUUUGUUAAUAUUUAUAGAUUGAUUCAUUUUACAGAAUAAACAGACACCCACAAUCAAGACCAUAGAGCUAACCUUUAUUGUCCAUGGAACUGCAACUGAUGCAAUCAGUAUUUUGGAAGCCUAUUAACCGUCUAGUGUUUUUCUUAGAUCGCGAAGCUAAUGGUAACAUGUAUUUCAAAGUCUGGAUGAAGCAUUGAAGCCAUGAGUAACAGAAAUGGAACCAUGGGAAAUUUGCUCUUGUUAAGUUAAAUUAGGAAAUAAAGCCCUAUAAGAAACACUGAGUUUAUAUUCAGUACUGCUAGACAUUCAAUGCAACCCUGAAUCAUUUGAUGCAUUGACUAGCCGUACUGGGUGCAGAUAAAAAGUAAGGAAGCCUAGUAGAUGAAAGAUUGAUUACUUUUUACUGGCUAGGCUUCUCCAAUCACUCUCUAUACUAUUUACUUCGUCUGGGAGGGAUUUCACUGUAUAUUUUUAACUGUUUGUGCAGUGGGAUUCAGAAACAGAUUUCUUCGAGCUCAAUGCUUCGUAAGGCUCUUGCACGGUUUCUCAUAAGGGUCAGCUUAACUUACAUGGAGAUGAAGAGAAUCUAUAAAGUAUGGGAUAGAGAGCUGUGCUCUUUCAAAUUCUAUUUCUCAGUCUUUUGCGUGUGGACUUUCAUGGACACUUAAUAAUUAAUAUACAUAAGUUUUUUCGUGAAUAAUGUGAUCUGUGGAUCAUGAUAGGUUGGUUCUCUGUUUAUUUCACCAAAUCGAUGAUCCAGAUGAAGGGUUAGAACGUUCGAAAAAGAAUAUCAAGGGCUAGUGUAGGAUUUAAGCGAAUAUUGCCCAGUAUCCUGUUUCAUAAGUUUAGAAUAUUAAAUAUGUAUGAUUCAUUAAUUUUUGGAAUUACAUUGAAAUUGAACUUGUCCAGAACUUGCUUUUUCAGUUUCCCCUACUCCACCAAUUGUCCAUGGCCUUCGUCAGGUCCCCUCUGAGUUUCUGAAGAUAGUAGUUUUAGGCUUUAGUUCUUCUAUAUUUGUUCUAUUCUUGUUAUACGGUUUAGUUGACUCAUAGGACUUUCACAUAUGCAUGGGUAAUACUGUUAAUAUCUUUUUCUGCCUUACAUUUUCCACGCCCACUAUUAUGUAGUAUAUACAUACACCGAGGAACCAUUCUGUCAAAGGACAUCAGUGGGAUCUUAUUCCACUACUUGACGAUUAUAACUUUCCAGACAUUAUUAUAUCAACCUUGUUAUUAUUCUGCCUUGAUUGAACUGUAAUGUCAGGUUUCAGACAGCCUUCUGAUUUUAUUGCCGAGGUCUUAAACUUAGUUGUCCUUACUAGUUCAAUGCUAUAUGCAGGGUAUGUAUCUAACGUCAAAAGAGCAGCAGCAGCCGUCAUAUCUUACUGCUAUGUUUGACUGGCUAUGGGCAAGAGUGAUUGCUGCAAUAUUGCUGCCAGUCCAUAUGCUGGCUAAGGUGCUUGUCUACCGGAAGAUCCGCUCUGCGAUCGGAAUUAGCAAGGUAUGUCCCUGUCUAUUGGAUUAUUUGUUAAAAGAAUAGUGUCCGUUAGACCGUUGUCUGCCUGUGAUCUUUGGUAUUUAACCAGUUCUCUCAAAAUCAUGAAUGGACUAUUUCUUUGAUGAAAUAGAUUAGUCGGCACUUGGGCCUUCGAGAGUAGCAUCAACCCAUCUUGCAGUCUGUCGUGGAGUGUGAAAUGAUGCUUCCUUACUGACAAGUAGACUGGAAAUGUUGAAUGCUUCUUCUUUCUUCUCUUAAUUGCUUGCUUAGUCAACAACCUCUCUACUACAAGAUCAUUGUGCGCGGGUGGGAUAGUUUGUGGGGAUGAGGUGGAUAUGAAGUUAUUCUUUCAAGGAAAAAAAAGGGAAAUGUGGAGGAAUAUAUGUUGUGUAGUCUUAUAUCUUCAGAGCAAGUAAUUUCUGUUUUUUUUGGUAGAAAGAGCAAGUAAUUUCUACUGGAUCUUUACUCCAGUGAAAAUUGUGUUUAGGAUAGAUAUCCUUGUGCUAAUGAACAUGGAAUCUAGCAUUCCAGAAACGUAAAUGGAAGCUAUUUAUUUAUACCCAUUGCUCAUAGACGGACGGUUUAGAGUGCCUGCUCUGUAUUCUCCCUCUUUUCUUUUUCCAUUUAUUCAUUUUUUUUUUGGUUUGAACAGAAAUUAACUGCCAAUGCUUCCUGUAACUUGCAGGCUGGCAUUAGUGGAGGUGGAAGUUUGCCUUCCUAUGUUGACAGAUUUUUUGAGGUGAGUUCCUUUUGUGUUUUUCUCCAGUGUCUUCAGAUCACAUUUGUCGUUUUCUCAAUGAUCAUUGUUUGGAAUAUAUGCAGGCAAUUGGGAUAAAUGUACAGAACGGUUACGGGAUGACAGAGACAGCUCCAGUUACAGCUGCUCGACGACUUAACCUUAAUGUGAGACAACAUUUUAUGUAUUAGCGCUUCUUUUGAAAUUACAUCUAGCCAAAUUGAAAAAUGUUCCUUUAUUAGCUAUAGUUUCAACUGUAUAGUAGAUCUUCUUAAGAGUGGCCAUAAACUAUACUUUGAUGCUACUGCCUCUCUAAUAGGUAUUCAUGAAAGACUAUAAAAAAUGAGGCCGCUGCAGACAAUAUGCCGGCUCCACCUGCUUUAAGGAAUAUUUGAAUGCCAAGUCUUUUUCUCUACUAAGAAGCACUAGUUUUCCUUGUAUGGGUGAAUCACCUAUCACACUUUAUGACUUAAAACAUUAGCCACUUUCUGCCAAUGGGGCAACUUAAACCUCCAGCAUCGAACUUUUUCCCUUCUGUGUAAUUCAUACACAUUCAGAAUCCCUUUAAUUUGUCGUAACUAUACAAGGAAUCAACUCUUUUACUGCACGCACAUUCUAUGAACUCCAUUUAUCACUAACUACUUGAAUAGGUUAUUAAGCCCUAUCUGGUAGUCUUCUAAGCCUGGUUUUGUUUGCCUCAUCAUGUCCUUUUGUUCAGUUGACAUAUCAUGUAAUCAUACAUUUAACUUUGAAGGUUCUCGGCUCAAUUGGACAUCCGAUUCGUCACACAGAGUUCAAGAUAGUAGAACAUGAGACUAAUGAAACGCUUCCACCCGGAACCAAGGGGGUUGUGAAGGUCAGGGGGCCACAAGUGAUGAAAGGUUACUACAAGGUACUUUGAUUCUCUUGUAUCAAGUACCCUUUUAGAUACUUAUGUCCUUUCAUGUACCCUUAUUUCUCCAUUAUCUGAAUCAUCUGGGAAAGAGUGUAGAAAAUCUUGAAUUUAUUCCUCUAAUGAUCACACAAUCUAAGCUAUCUUGUUAAAUGUGUGACAUUUUAACUAACUGGGGUUGGCUCCAUGAUGAAGGUUUCACAUGCGCAUUUAUUAGUCUAUUGGAUCCUCGUUGGUUCUCAUAGCAUUUGUGUUUCAGUACCCUCUCAUCAGAACUAGUGACACAUUUUGUUUGAUGGGGAUCUAUGUUUCACUGACAGAGAAAUCAUAUUCAAUAUGUAUAUGUGUAAGAACUGUGGAUAUCUAGGGCUUCAGAAUGAUAUCAAUUAUCCGAAUUAGGAGAUUGGUUUGGGACAAGAAUGGAUGAAGUAGAAGAAUAGAAGAAGCAGAGGGUUAGGGAAAAGAGUUGGGCAGUAGAGGGAAGGGAGGAGAGCCGUAGCUCUUGAGAGGGGAAGGGGGUCGGAUGUGGGAAUAGUGGAAGAGAGGAGAGAUUAGGUUUUAGGGUUUUCUGAAUAAUCACUGCUUAAUGAAAAUAAUCCCGGUUU